GAGUGAUCGGUCUAUAGAUCAGCCUCCCAAAUUCAGCAGUGGAUCACCGCAGUCCCAUCCAAAACCACAUAAACACAGACCAGUGUCUCCAGUGCCCAGCUGUGUGUCCAUGAAGAGUGACCAGUCCAUGGAUCAGCCUCCCAAAUUCAGCAGUGGACCACCACAGUCUAAUCCAAAACCGCAGACACACAGACCAGUGUCUCCAGUGCCCAGCUGUGUGUCCAUGAAGAGUGACCAGUCCAUGGAUCAGCCUCCCAAACUCAACAGUGGACCACUGCCAUCCCAACCUAAACCACGUAAACACAGACCAGUGUCUCCAGUGCCCAGCUGUGUGUCCAUGAAGAGUGACCAGUCCAUGGAUCAGCCUCCCAAACUCAACAGUGGACCACCACAGUCUAAUCUAAAACCGCAGACACACAGACCAGUGUCUCCAGUGCCCAGCUGUGUGUCCAUGAAGAGUGACCAGUCCAUGGAUCAGCCUCCCAAACUCAGCAGUGGACCACCACAGUCUAAUCUAAAACCACAGACACACAGACCAGUGUAUCCAGAGCCCAGCUGUGUGUCCAUGAAGAGUGACUGUUCUAAGGUGGAACCUCUCAAAUUCAGCAGUGGACCACCACAGUCUAAUCCAAAACCGCAGACACACAGACCAGUAUCUCCAGUGCCCAGCUGUGUGUCCAUGAAGAGUGACCGGUCCAUGGAUCAGCCUCCCAAAUUCAGCAGUGGACCACCACAGUCCCAUCUUAAACCACAGAAACACAGACCAGUGUCUCCAGUGCCCAGCUGUGUGUCCAUGAAGAGUGACCAGUCCAUGGAUCAGCCUCCCAAACUCAACAGUGGACCACUGCCAUCUAAUCCAAAACCACAGACACACAGACCAGUGUCUCCAGUGCCCAGCUGUGUGUCCAUGAAGAGUGACCAGUCCAUGGAUCAGCCUCCCAAACUCAAACAGACACAGACACACAGACCAGUGUCUCCAGUGCCCAGCUGUGUGUCCAUGAAGAGUGACUGGUCCAUGGAUCAGCCUCCCAAAUUCUGCAGUGGACCACCAGUGUCUAAUCCAAAACCACAGACACACAGACCAGUAUCUCCUGUGCCCAGCGGUGUAUCUAUGAAGAGUGACUGGUCUAUGGAUCAGCCUCCCAAAUUCAGCAGUGAACCACCGCAGUCUCAUCCAAAGAAUACCAUGACUCAGGAUCAGUCCAGGUGUGGAGUGUGUGAGCUGCUACUGAGGGACCCAGUCAUCACCAGCUGCGGACACAGUUUCUGCAGGCAGUGCAUCAGCAGCUACUGGAGCCAGUCUGGUCCAUCAGGAGACUACAGCUGCCCCCAGUGCAGAAAGAGACCUAGAACACAACCCAUUAUAAAUUCUGACACAACUAUGGUACAACCACUAUUAUACCCACCUACAGCCAUGGCACAACCUACAGAUUUGACACAACCUUUCUCUCACAGAGAAAUGUCACAACAUCAACAAUACUCAUCUACUACCAUGGCACAAGUUCCUCCAUACCCACAGACAGACAUGGGGCAGCACCCUCCAUAUACACACACAUACGUACCACAGAUUUCUCCAGAGCCCACUUUGGAGGACCAUGCAGUAGGCAGCAAACAACCCCUAACAGAGCAUGUCCCCAUCAAAAGGGCCAGACUGACAGACACCCAUGUCCUUAACAGAGUACUGAUGACCCAUAAAGCCAGUAUGAAGAGGAGGUUUGAGGGCAUAUGUGAAGAUCUCAUGAGGGCAGGGACUCAAACACUCCUGAACAAGAUCUACACAGAGCUGUAUAUCACAGAGGGAGAGAGUGAAGGGGUGAAUAAGGAACAUGAAGUUUGGCAGGUAGAGUCAGCAUCCAGACCACAAACUACCGAAGGCGUAGCAAUCAACUGCAAUGACAUCUUCCAGCCUUUAUCUGGACAAGAGAGACACAUCAGAACUGUCAUGACCAAGGGGAUCGCUGGCAUUGGAAAAACUGUCUCAGUGCAGAAAUUCAUCCUUGACUGGGCAGAGGAGAGAGCUAACCAGGAUGUAGAUUUCAUGUUUGUGCUUCCGUUCCGUGAGCUGAAUUUGGUCAAACAUGAUCAGUACAGUCUUCAUAAGCUCCUGCUUGACUUCCACCCUGAGCUUAAGGAGCUACAGGAUGAUGAAUACAAAGACUGCCACACUGUGUUAAUUUUUGAUGGUCUGGAUGAGAGUCGACUUCCUCUGAAUUUCCAAGGUAAUCAGAAGUUGUCUGAUGUGACACAAACAUCAUCAGUGGAUGUGCUGAUGACGAGCCUCAUUCAGGGAACUCUGCUUCCCUCUGCUCUCAUUUGGGUAACCUCCCGACCAGCAGUCAGUCAGAUCCCUUCUCAGUGCAUCAGUCAGGUGACAGAAGUAAGAGGGUUCAAUGACCCACAGAAGGAAGAAUACUUCAGGAAGAGGAUCAGUGACCAGAAUCAAGCCAACAGAAUCAUCUCGCACAUUAAGUCAACCAGGAGCCUUCACAUCAUGUGCCACAUGCCAGUCUUCUGUUGGAUCUCGGCUGUUGUCCUUCAGGAGAUGCUAGAAAAGGAUGAUGGGAAGGAAGCCCCCAAAACUCUGACUGAGAUGUUCAUACACUUCCUGCUCAUCCAGACCACCAGGAAGGACCAGAAAUAUCAAAAGAAAAUUGAGACAGAUCGUCAGAGUCUCCUGGAAGCACAUAAGGGUGUCCUAUUGAAACUGGUAGAGCUGGCAUUCAAGCAUCUGGAGAAUGGCAAUCUCAUGUUCUAUGAGGAAGACCUGAGAGAGUGUGGCAUUGAUGUCAGUGAAGCCUCAGUGUACUCUGGCAUGUGCACUGAGAUCUUCAGGGAGGAAUGUGUGUUUCACCACAAGAAGGUCUACUGCUUUGUCCAUCUGAGCAUCCAGGAGUUUCUGGCGGCUGUGUAUAUAUUUCAUUCCUACAUCACAGGAAAUCUGGAGGUACUGAAAUCCUUCCUCAGUAAGAAACACAGAGACCAAAAAGCUUCCCUUCCCUUACAUAUUAUGUUGAAUAGAGCCGUGGACAAAGCUUUGGACAGCAGGAAUGGACACCUGGACCUUUUCCUUCGCUUCCUUGUAGGCAUGUCAGUGGAAAACAACCAAGCCCUUUUAGAGGGCUUGCUGACAAACACUCACAGCAGCACAGAGAGCAUCAAAAAAACUUGUAAAUAUAUCAAACUUCUCUCCAGGGAGGACCUGUCUCCUGAAAGAUGCAUCAAUCUUUUCCACUGCUUAUUUGAAAUGAAUGAUCAUUCUGUACAUGGGAAAAUUCAGAAAUAUCUGAAAUCUCAGAAGAGCUUCACAGGUGGAUUGUCACCUCUUCACUGUUCAGCGCUGGCCUACAUGCUUCUGAUGUCCGAGGAGGUGCUGGAUGAGUUGGACUUGAUGAAAUAUAAAGCAUCUGAGGAGGGCUGGAGGAGACUGGUGCCAGUUGUGAGACACUGCCGCAAGGCUGUAUUUGCUCACUGUGAUCUCACAGAAAAGUCCUAUGAGGUUGUGGCUUCAGCUUUGCAGUCUUCAAACUCCCCCUUAAGAGAGCUGGACCUGAGUUACAAUGACCUGCAGAAGUCAGGGGAAAAGCUUCUCUCUGCUCUACAGAGUCUAAACUGCAGACUGGAGAAGCUCAGACUUCCUGGUUGUAAACUGACAGAGGGACCCUGUGAGGUUGUAGCCUCUGCUGUGCAGCACAUGGUGUCGCUGUUAGAACUCGACCUGAGUGACAAUCACAUGAAUGACACUGGAAUUCAUCUUCUAAAUGCUGGAAUAAGACAAUCCAAAUGUGACAUGCGUAUAUUAAGGCUUGUUGACUGUGGACUCACUGAAAAGUCAGGUGAUAUUUUGGCCUUUGCUCUGCAGUCAGUAAACUCUGAGCUGAGAGAGCUGGACCUGAGUAAGAAUAUUCUGGGGGACUGUGGAGGAAAGCUGGGCUCUGAAGCACUGAAUCGACAGUGUAUGCUAGAGACACUCAGACUUGCUGGUUGUAAACUGACAGAGGACUCCUGUGAAGUCGUAGCCUCUGCUGUGCAGCACCUAGACUCCUUGACAGAACUGGACCUGGGUGACAAUUACUUGAAUUUCACUGGAAUUCAGCUUCUCAGUUCUGGGAUAAGUCGCCCCAAAUGUGGCCUGCGAAUAUUAGGACUUGCUAGAUGUAACCUGUCAGAGGAAUCCUGUGAGUUUGUGGCCUCCACUGUGAAGUCAUGGAUCUCGCUAACAGAGUUGGACCUGAGUGAGAGUCAGAUGAGUAGCACUGGAAUUCAGCUUCUGAAUUCAGUGACGAGUGCCCCUAACUGUAAACUGAAAACCUUAAGGUAUUCUCAUGGAGAAAGCAAAAGUAUGAAACCACAGAUGAAACAAUAUGCCUGUGAGCUCACACUGGACCCAAACACAGCAUACAAAGAACUCACAAUCUCUGAGGGAAACAGAAAAGUGACAUGUGUGAGUGAGAGGCAGCCGUAUCCUGACCACCCAGAGAGAUUUGACUACUGUUCUCAGGUGCUGUGUAGAGAGGGUCUGUCUGGACGCUGCUACUGGGAGGCUGAGUGGAGUGGUGAUGGGGUCUGGAUAGGAUUAGCAUAUAAAAGCAUUUAUAGGAAAGGGUGGGGUGAUGACAGCAGGUUUGGAGGCAAUGACAAGUCCUGGUGUUUGAAUUGCUAUGGUGAUGACAGCUACUCUGCCCAGCACAAUGAAAAGGAAACCGAAAUAUCUGACCCCUCCUCCGGCACUAGCAGAGUAGGAGUGUACCUGGACUGGCCAGCAGGCACUCUGUCCUUCUACAGCGUCUCCUCUAACACACUCACCCACCUGCACACGUUCCACUCCACAUUCACUGAGCCCCUCUAUCCUGGGUUUGGGUUUUUGGAUUACAACGUCGCAGCAUCCCUGUGCCAGAUCACAUGAGCUCUUAGCCCUGCAGGAAUAGCAGUCUACAGGAGAGCUACACAACACUCCUGUUCAAACCCCUGUUGCUUGGAAGAAAAAUAUUCAACAUAUCAAAAUAUCAAAUAUUCAUUUAAUGUAUAGUUAUUUGUUAUGGUGCAUGCUAUGGGGGCCAAGGUGAAUUAAAUGUCAUUGUAGUGAUGUGUGGGUAAGGUCCUUUUAUGGCCCGAACCCACCUUACCUGUUAGGAGUACCACCUGAAUUCACUAAUUUUAACUAGAGGUAACAUGAUUACAUCAAUUUCAUGGUGUAGCCAUGGUAAUGUUUCCUCAUUCAUUACUCAUGUAACAAAUACAAAUAAAGAACCCUUUUUAAUUCAUGGGACAAUCAU